GUACAGCUCCUUGGUAUAGCAUACGUUGAAAAAACAUGCUACAGUAAAAAGUCAUCCAGAUUAUUACUGGUGCAUUCGGCAUCGUUUUUCUCCAGCUAUGUAUUUUGCUUUCCAGAGCCAGCCACACUGCCUCAAAUCAUGAAUUAUGCGAGCGCGUCUUCUUUACAUCAGUUCCGCUUCUAUACACUUCGCCGUUUGGUUCCUGUUCAAAAAUGACAAACCCAGCGUAUAGGCAUGUGGUGACGUUUCAGACUGGAUGAAACUGUUCCUUACACAUAGGCAAGAGAAGAAAACCAGCUACUGUUUGGGCCGCAUAGAGCAAUUCGUGUAUAAUACCACUUUCAGAGCAUUAAAGGGGAUUUGGUGUAACACACAAGCUGGGAUGCCGUAUGUCACAUGACAAUUUCUAAAAAUAAAGAGACAACAAAACGCCUGAGCUUCAAUAUUAUGAAAAGAACAAUGAUGCAGUAAUGUCAGCGUAUCUGUUGAACACACUGUGACCUUCACUUCGUCGCACACCCUGUAACUGCUGAAAAUGACAUUGAGAGUGCUGAUUUCCCUCUCUAUCAUCCUUCCUCUGUUGAUGACCUUCUGUGUCUCCAAUCUUACAGACCUUCAAAGACAGGCACCAGUGGACAGUGUUAAAAACUGUACAGGAGCCUGUAAUGAAACAAGGCAAACAGCUAUACUGUCAACCAACGUAAAAACAGUCCCAACUAGAACAAACUCUACUUCCACUGUAUCCUCACUCGCCAGUUACACAGCAACCACAACAAGAAGCCAGGCAUCCCUAACAAAUGGAUCGUCCCAAACAAACUCCAUCAGCCUCAACCCCACAGAAUCUAGAAAUGAAACAGGCCAUUCAUCUCCACCAACCCAGAACGCAACUACAACAACAUACUCCACUGUACCUUCUGCAGCCAGCCCUACCUCGCAGAACCCACCUCCCACUACUAAUGCAGUACCAAGCACAACCCCAAACACAACCCUAAAGGAGACACCAGUGGAAUCCACUUUAUCAACAGGCAUGUCGUCCCCUGCAAGCCACACAACCCUCGCUGUGAUCCCUACAUCUGCAACAUUGAUGUGGCAGGAAGGUACAUCUGCUCCUGUGCCACAGGUAGACACAACCAUUGCAAAAGAAACCACCAGUAGUGCAAUCCCAACCACUACUGCUGAAGCAACUACACAGCAGACAGCCCAGACCAUACAGGAAUAUACUUCUACACCCAACAAGAAGCCACCACCACCUUCAACAGCAUCCCUGAACCCACCAACAACUACAGAGAGUGUAGCAACCACAACUCCGCUAAAAUAUGGGUCAAAAAGCCCCCUGGAUAAAACCACUGUGGCAGAUAGCAGUGUUUUGAUUGCUAUAAGGCCUCUCGCAAUGCAGCUGGUGGAUACCAGCCUGCUGUUAGCAGUGUUUUUCUUUGGACUGUUGUUUUUCCUGCUCACCAUCAUAUUGUUUGUCUCCCUAGCUUACGAGAGCUAUAAGAAGAAGGACUAUACACAGGUGGACUAUUUAAUUAAUGGAAUGUAUGCAGAUUCUGGAGUGUGACAGUAUUGGGUACUGAAAUUAUUUUAGGUUUUCUUUUAUUUUUUAUUUACUUUUUUUUUUUCUCACUUGUUUGAAAGGCUUUUGAAAACCUUUUUUUUCUGUUUUUCCUUCAUCAGCGCUUCCAGACUACCUUUUGACUUGGCAGAGCAGUUGAUAAUUGCCUUUUGGAUUUUUCAUUGUGCCAACCUGCUCUCUUGCUGACAAAGCCAUAGGAAUGUGUUUUUUUCUUUUAUUUUGUUUUUGACAUUUGUUGAAAUGUAUGUUGUACUCUAACCUAUGCACAAGGCAUCCUUAUGAACAUUUUUGCUUAAAGCCAUUUAGAAGAAAAGAGAAUGACGCUGAGCAAGUUAGUGCAUUCCUUGAACAAUGAAACAGUGUUUAGAAGGGUGUUUUAUUAACGCCACAGAUUCUUUGCAAUGCAAUAGAAACCUCAAGUGGGGAAUAAUUCAGAUCUGAAUACCUAUAAUGUGCCAACUAACGUCUGUUUAAUUUCUGUACUGGGUUUUGCAAUAAAACAAAAA